CAUCCAUAGCCAUGCCUACCUUCUACCCAGGCGACUCCAAGUACAACCCCGUGCCCUUCGACCACACCUACAUCCUCUACGACCCCAAGGACGUGGUGUCCAUGGUGUCGGUGCACUUCUCGUUGUUGCCCAUCUACACCAUGGUGUUCUACACCGCCUGGUUCUUGUUGUCGAGAGAGAUCGAGCCCGUGGUGGUGGUGGGAGGCCACUUGGCAGGCGAGAUCUUGAACAAGAUCAUCAAGAAGAUCAUCAAGCAGCCGCGUCCCGACUUCCACAAGGACUUCGGCUCUGGCUCCUACUCGUUGACCUAUGGCAUGCCCUCGGCCCAUUCGCAGUUCAUGGGCUUCUUUGCUGGCUACUUCAUCUGCACCCUCUUGUUCCGGGUCAAGCACUUGUCAGACCUCCAGAUCUACUCCGGCUGCCUCUUCAUGAUGGUGGUGUCGGUAGCGGUGGCGUUGUCGCGGGUCUAUUUGUUGUACCACACUUUGCAGCAGGUGUGUGUGGGCCUCAUGUUUGGGGUGGUGCUAGGCAUGCUCUACUUUGCCGUGAUCACGGUGGCUCGUGACGUGGGGUUCAUCGACUGGAUCUUGGGCUGGAGACUCGUCAACUUCUUCUACGUCAAAGACAGUUACUUCCACAACUACCAGUCGUUCAAGGACGAGUACGACAUGUACGUGAUGUUAGCGCGCCAGGCCAAGGGAGGUGUCUAGGGUGGACGUCUACAGUGGAUGAUGGGUGAGUGGUCUCGUCAUAGAGUUGUAACGGCUCGUUGCAUCCAUAUCACUCUGGAAAAUUCCGACUCAACCAUACCAGCCAGUUAUCAUGGCCAGUUUUCUAGGUGGAACGCCACCUUCGUCAUAUGCCAGCUUCAGGCCAGUUUCAGGCCGCUUCUCGUCAUAGACCUUCACGACCUCGCUGAGUGUGGUGAGCAGUCAAUUGCAUCGGCAUCCUUCAUUUCUACGGGUCGGACCCCAAAAGUUCCUGAUGAUUAUAGAAGAGGAUUAAUUAGCAUUUUUGGUUGCGAAUGAGUGACGCUUUGGCAUUAUUCAAUUCCGACCUCAAUUACCAUAGAAUACAUGGAAAAUAAUAGCACUG